UGGCAGAUUCUACUAGACAUCAAGGAGCAAAUUUGUUUAUUUAUUUAUUUCUCCACGGUUAAGAACGCAUGCUUGUGUAUCGAGUAUUAAGGUGCACAUUUCUCUGGUUUAUUCGAGAGAGAAGACUAACGAACUAGAUAUAUUGGGCUAGCGAAAUGCCUGACAUGCUACGGUUGCUGGUCUGGUACGACUGGGUCUUUUUUUUUUUAAAUAACUUUUUUUGCAUAUACCAAAGCGAGUGCUGCCAGAGCAGCGUGCAUUUAAACAUGCCAGAUUUGUCUGUUGCAUUAUCUUCAAUGCGAGAAAAUCUCAAACACGUUACGCCGACUUCUUUAAGCGCUAAGAACAGCAGGUAAACAAUUGUGGGUUGGCAACUAGUCGCAUCGCAGUCGAUGAAACGCUGAAUCGUAUCCGAUCCAGAAUAGUUAGCCGUGGUCGCUGAAAGAUGCCCAAAUUUCUAGUAGCGGCCACAAUAUUUGCCGCUGUCGUUGGAUGUGCUCUCGCGAAUGAUAUUGACGACAAGCUGAUCACGCUCGCAGUGUCUCAGUCUUUUGACACCGGUUCGGAUAUCAGCUACGUUACCAGAGCCAUCCUAUCUGUUCCCCUGGCCCGACCAUCGGAAAGCACUUUUCACCAAGUGCCACUUUCGGCGUCUGACGCUGCCAAGCUAAGGAAACUCGCAGAGGAGAAUGGCCUGUACAGGGUGCGAGUGGCCAAAGAACAAAACGACCCUGCUUCCCUUGUGUCGACUUUUGUAAAAGCCUGCUCCCUCUAUGAGUCCGAGCUGAAGGACCACUUCAUGGUGACAUUGGACCGUUCUGGUGCCCUUCUCGGGGUGUCAGACUUCGUUGGCCAGCAGUGCACAGGCAUGCAUGUUCCAGACCACAAGCUUGUGAACUUCAACACCACUCUCUCUGUAUCAAUAGUCAACAUUGCUCCUGGGCCAGACACACAAACUUAUAUUCGACGCCUGGAGCAAGAAAAGGCAGAAAGGGCACGUGGAGAAAACGCUGACAACCGUUCCUUUUUUGCCAAAUAUUGGAUGUACAUCAUGCCACUUCUCAUCUUCCUGCUCAUCUCGGGUGCUUCAAAUCCAGAAGGACAGGGAGGUGGCAGUUCUGGUCGUUGAAGAAAUUUAGAUGAAUGGAAGACCACCACUUGUAAUAUAUUCACUUUGAGCACAUCACUUUUCAGUAGUUUAAUCUGUGCACUCUACAGUAACUGAAGAUGGGCGUGUGUGUGAUUGUUCUUAAUAAAGUUUUUUUUUGUAUCAUGCUGUUGA